AGGUAAUUAAACCGGUUGUUAUUUCUGCCUAAAUUGGAUUGUGAAGGUUUAAUUUCCGAGCAAACACUGAAUGCAGCAGCAUUUCGCCGGUUGCCGACUCCAGCAGAAACUCAUCCAACCACCUCCUGAGUGCAGGUUAAAACACAAUAUUUAACGAGGAACAAUGGACGUGUCCCAUGAAAUAAAACUGCUUGUGGAGGAGAUUCACCGACUUGGCAGUAAAAACGGCAGUGGUCAGACUAGCGUUAAGUUUGGGGUUUUAUUUAACGAUGACCGAUGCGCUAACAUCUUCGAGGCCUUGGUGGGCACCCUGAAGGCAGCCAAGAAGAGGAAGAUCAUCGACUUCCAGAGCGAGCUGCUUCUGCAGGGCGUCCACGACAAUGUUGAAAUCAUCCUGCUGUAAGAAUGAGACCAAAGUUUGGAUCCGGACACACUUUAGGAGCUGUGGGUCCGGCCGAAUCCUUCCUAACACGAAGCUCCUGCUGUGCACUUGCAUCUACUUUCAUUGUCAUCCUCCUCCUCUUUUAUUUUUUUUACAGACCUGCUAUUUUGAGUGAUGCACAAUAACCAAUCAGAUCAGACAGAAAGCUUACAGACCUAAAUGUGCCAGUUUUUUUAAAUUAAUCGUUUGUUUGGGGGCUCAGCAACUACAAAAGUUCAUUUCACACUGAAACAUUUUCUGAAAAGCACAAAAGUCUGCAUCAGAUGAACCCAGACUGUGUAGACUUGAAGCUUCCGGCCCCGUUAGCAUUACAUCGUGAAGUCUUUGAGGUUUUUGUGAAUGAAGGAGUUAAUUCUCCAAAUAAAUUAAAGCAGACAUGAAUUUUCUAUCACAACCAGCCUCCUUUGGAAUAUUUACUUUUGUAGUUUCUUAUUUCUGAUGAGUGAAGAGAGCUUAAAAUCACGUCGAGGAGCGGUUAUUUUUCCUUCUCAGAUGCUGCCAUUUUAUCAGCCGCAGGUAUCGUCAUCCUCCGGUGCUGACAUCACGAUUCCACAAAGCUAGUAUGCAAAACUUUGGUUUUUUUUUUUGUUUUGUUUUGUUUGUGUUUUGGGAACAGUGUGGAUCAAACCCAAAUGCCUUUCAUAAUCGUUUCAGUGUUUGUGAAAGUGUUGCACAAGACCUUUAGCGUAGUUAAUUGGAGCUCUCUGAGUUUAUUAUCACUGGGCAAAGUCUGAUUUCCCUUUAGAGAUAGUUAUCAUUGCAUAAAUCUAAAUAUCAGGGAUUGUGGUGGGUGUUUUUGUUUAGAAAUACUAGUAAAUCUGGUAGGAAUGGUGGUUUUCAGCUGAUCUACUGUUUACACGAUCCACGUCUUCUACCGCUUGUGGACUUUUGAUAAGAUUUUAACAGAACUUCUGGAAAUGUAAAAAAAAUGCUCCUUUUUUAGAUGUUAUGACUAGAAAAACCAGGUGCUGCUUUUUCUUCCAUCACAAGAACAAAAAGUUGCUUUGUUUUCCAGUUUUUUAUAAACUCCAAAAUCUGCUCUCUCGUGUGCAACAAGAACCAGUGACAAAAUGUUGAAUGUAUUACUUAAGCUUUUUUGGCUCUACAUUAAUAUUUUGAUUGGUGAAAAAUGAUUAGAGUAAUGUCAUUCUCAGGACCAAAUCAACAACCAAAUUUUGUUUUCUGAAUAAAAACAAGAGUGAGGAAGUUGCUGUUUUGCGUCCCCGUGUGUUGAGUGUCCUGCUGUUGCUUUCAAGUGAAUUUUUAAACAUGAACUAUGAUCUGGAUGGUGCUGAAACCUCCAACUAUUUCUAUGAUCUACUGGGAGGUUUGAAUAGUACAUUCUAGUGCAUCAUUACUGUAUUUUGCAUUGGCAAUAACACAUUAAAGGAGCAGGUGGUUGGUUUGCUCUAAAAUAUUUGGAGAAAUAAAAUCUUUGCACACAAAUUAAA